AUGCCGGGUCCGGCGGGGCCGGUGCCGGCCGUGCCUUUCGUUGGCCGCGGCUCGGUCCCCGCCGCCGUGGUCCCCUUCUCCCUCUCCAUGACGGUCAUCAGCCUGAACGGGGCGGGCUUCUUGAUCGACGUGGUGGACGUCGCACCCGGAUAUGCCGGGCUUCUCCAGGGAAUCACCAGCACCUUCGGUACCAUCUCGGGAAUGGUUGCUCCCGCUGUCGUCGGCUUCCUCACCAGCCAGGACGCUCUGGCCGGUUGGAGGAAUGUCUGCUUCCUGACGGCCGCCAUCAACCUGUUCGGCCUGGUCUUCUUCGUCCCGUUUGGCGAGGCGGACGCCCGGGCCUGGGCGCGGGAGGGAGGAGAGGACGGGGUCGAGGACGGGGGGGAGGGCCGGGCCCCCUCCCGAAGCCCCGUCCCCCGGUGAGACUCCGCUCCACCCACCGGGCGCCGAGCCUCCUGACCCUCCAUUUGCCCCGGUCACCCCUUGGCGACAGGGAAGGUGGCCCCGACGUGGAGCAGCAACUCGGGGAUUUCGGGGGGCGUCCAUACCGUGAUCCCAGUUCCAGCCAGGAUGUUUUCCGGGGGUGCUCCUGGGGGGGCGUUUCAGCUACCCCGUCUCCUCGGGAUGGGGCAGGGGGACAGGUUCUCACCCCUCGCUUGGUGAUCUCAUCUAUCUCGCUGCUCUCUCCCCCGCGUCCUGCCUCUGGCCCCAAAUGCCCUCCCUCCUCAAAUCCGACGGGCGAUGACUCUCACCUGCCUUCAGAGCCUCGUCGAAGGCCCGUCUCCUCCAAGAGGCCUUCCCGGAGUAAACCCUCCUUUCCUCCUGAG